GACAAGGUUGCCAUAUUUAGGUAAAGACACGUAGAGUUUUUUUCUCGUUUCCGUCCCUUCCUCACAUCGUCAUGAGCUUGCUGGUGAGAAUGGCGCGUUUUAGUGUUCAAGUUCCCUCUCUGAGAAACAGUCUACGUGUUUUAUUGAUGUUUCUGCUUGUGUGCGUCGCGAUUUGCGCAGGAGAAACACACCAGCACGGCAGAAGGAAUCUCAUCCAGCUCGGUAACAUGAUGAUGUGCGCCACCGGGCGGUUCCCGUCAGACUACAUCGACUACGGCUGCUUCUGCGGGCCGGGCGGCGACAUGAAACACGCGGCGAUAGACGCCACAGACCAAUGCUGCCGAGACCACGACAGGUGUUUUGACGACCAGAUGCGUCGCUGCCCGCCGUAUCUGCUCGGGCUCAUCCCCUUUCCGUAUAUCGCCACGUACCGGUACACGUACGACUCAUGUAUGUCCGUAUUCAGCACCACGUGGGUAAACGUGUCUCCGGGCGUCUCCAAGGCACCGAAGCAAGCAGAGAAGGUCAAGAUUCAAUGCGGUGAAAGGCAGUUUGGAGACAAGAAGACUGCCCUGUGCAGAAGACAGCUGUGCGACUGUAACAAAAACUUUGCGCUCUGUCUUGGUCGGAGUAAAUAUGACGUCAGACAUCGCGCAAUCAACGUGGAGAAGACGUGUACGCCUGCAGUUCCGCCACAAAACGCUAGUCGUCCUACUGGACAAGACAAGACUCAACUUAGUAAUCCGUAGACAUCUUACGUGCCAAUUUCCAUCGGAUUGGAAUCUUAAAAACUUGAGUUCCACGACCUCAUACCUUUCGAGAAAUGACGUUAACUUUUAUGACUGACACAUACUAACUAGAGGUACAUGUACAUUAGUUAUGUAGAUAAUGUCCUUAUGUAAUUUGCAUACAUUAUAUCAGUUGGUGAUCUUCUCAACUCAAAUACCACAACUGUCAAAUGCAGAUUUUAAAAUCCGAGUAGAAACUGUUAAUAAUAAAAACUGUUAAUAAUAAAAACUGUUGCCAAUAGCUGCAGUUGAAUGCUAAUGCAUUGUAUGUAAUGUUCAUGUUAA